AUGGUGGCAGACAUCAUUCGAGACGCUCCAUUGGGGCAAUUCAUCCGAUAUGUAACACGAAACAGAGUGUUGCAAUAUCCAGAAGAAAGAGACGACUGGCAGUGUCCAGAGGCAUAUACCGGACUCCAACCUGAGAAGCAGAUUGACACCAACUCACAAGCAUCCACAAGGAUACCUUCUGCUGCCACCACACCAGACAAAGAGAAGGACGAAACGGAUGUCGAAACUACACCGCACCCCAUGUUGACAACAGCCAGGACCCAACCAGAUAUCGAACGUCAUGCUGUCUCACCUGCAUUGAUUCGUACCAGAUCACAGGCUGAACGGUACAAUACUACAGAGGAACUCACUGAAGCCUACAACGACGUCGUUCGACAGGAGACACUCAAGACACAGCCCUCGCAAGCUCUUGCCCCUGAACGAACAGCAGACAAUCGCAUCUUAGUAACCUGGUACACGACCGACGAUCCAGCUAAUCCUCAGAACUGGUCACCCAGAAAGAAAGUUGCGGUCAUUGUUCAGAUCUACCUAUAUACACUGGCUGUGUAUAUUGCUAGUGCUAUUUACACUCCUGCUGCUCCUGAACUUGCUGCGAAAUACAAUCUCAGUUCUCAAAAGGUCAGUACGGGAUUGAGUAUGUAUGUUGUCGGCUACGGUUUAGGGGCGCUAUUCUUCAGUCCCAUCUCAGAGAUACCACUCAUCGGCAGGAAUCCACCAUAUAUUCUCACGUUCUUCCUGUUCCUGAUGGUCACCAUCCCACUGUCGCUGAUCAACAACUUCCCCGGCUUCGUCGUCUUGCGACUGAUCCAAGGUAUUUUAGGUUCGCCGGCAUUAGCUACAGGCGCUGCUUCUAUCACGGAUAUCUACAACCUCAUGCAAAUGCCUUAUGCACUGACCGCUUGGGCUGGCUUUGCAACAGCUGGACCAGCUCUGGGACCUUUGAUUAGUGGGUUUAGUGUCCCAGUGAUGGGUUGGCAUUGGUCAAUGUGGGAGAUCUUGUGGCUUGCGGGACCUGUCUGGGUCUUGAUGAUGCUCUGCUUACCUGAAACUUCAACCCCGAAUAUUCUCCUCCGCCGCGCCAAGCGUCUUCGAGCCCUUCAACAGAAGGCAGGAUACGAAGGCGCAGCCACUCAGUUGGUUGCCCAGUCUGAGAUUGAUCAAGCCAAGCUCACUACGAACGACAUCAUCAAGGAGAACUUGUGGCGUCCUUUCCAGAUCAAUCUUCUCGAUCCUUCUGUCGCAUUCACCUCUCUAUACAUUGGCCUCAUCUAUGGCAUCUUCUACUCGUUCUUCGAGUCCUUCCCCCUGGUGUGUGGCCAAGGUCUGCCUGCACCUUCCAUCACUCGUGGUUACAAGAUGAACCUCGGCGAGCAGGGCUUGAUUUUCUUGUCAAUCACUGUCGGCGUUGCUGCUGCUGUGGCAGUGUACGUCGCAUACCUUCACUACUACGCCAAUCCACAACUUCGUGCUUCUUUGGCGUCUGGUCAAAUGGCACCACCCGAAGGCCGUCUUCUCAUCGGGUUACCAGCUUCGAUCCUCGCCCCGAUCUGCCUCUUCUGGUUCGGAUGGACUGGAUUCAACUCACCUGAUAUCCAUUGGAUCGUGCCGACGCUAGCGAUCGUUGUCUUCGUCCUCGCUGUCUUCCUUGUCUUCCAGGUAGUGUUCAUCUACCUUGCUCUUACCUAUCCACAAUACUCAGCUAGCUUGUUCGCCAUGAACGAUGCUGUUCGAUCCUGCAUGGCUUGUGGUGCGAUUCAUUAUGCUUUUCCGUUGUUUCAUAACUUGGGUAUUGGAAGAGGUGCAUCACUUCUGGGUGGGCUGAUGGUCAUAGGCACGAUAGGAAUUUGGGUAUUGUACUUGAAGGGUGCUUGGCUGCGAAGCAAGUCAAAAUUCGCUUCUACUUAUUGA